AGCAGAGACAAUGGCAGCAGCAGCAGCCGCUGUGCGCGCCGCGAAGCAGAGUCUCCGGAGAGAGAUCAAGAGGCGAGUAGCGGCUCUGAACGAGCCUGAGAAACAGCGACAGUCCCAGGCGGUGUGUCAGAAACUGCUGUCUCACCCCAAGUACCUGUCCAGUGAGCGCGUGGCCGUGUUCCUGAGCAUGGACGACGAGGUGCGCACGGACUCCAUUCUUACGCACAUGUUUGCGUCUGGAAAGAUCUGCUUCAUCCCGCGGUACGAGCGCAAUAGUAACCACAUGGACAUGCUGCGGCUGAGCAGCCAGGAGGACAUCCACAACCUGCAGCUCACCUCCUGGAACAUCCGCCAGCCCGGGCACGACGAGCCGCGGGAGGAGGCGCUGGACACAGGCGGUCUGGACCUAAUCCUGAUGCCUGGUCUUGGGUUUGAUCGGUCUGGGCGGCGUUUGGGGCGAGGUAAAGGCUUCUAUGACACGUAUCUGGAGCGCUGCAUGGCACACCCGCAGGGCAAACCCUACACCAUUGCACUGGCAUACAGGGAGCAGAUCUGUGAGCAGGUGCCCGUAGACCAGAGGGACGUGCUGAUAGACGAGGUGCUGUACGAUGACCAGCAGGGGGCACUGUGAGAGGACCCUGAUAAUGGAACUCAUCAAAUCAAUGGACAAAGACAAACACAGGAGUACUGCAGUGAAUGCGAAAGAUGUACUCUGCCUAAACAAAUUUUCUGCUUUUGAGAGUAUCUUGAAAAUGGAAUUCAAAUAAAGGUCAAAUGUGACAUGUU